AUCAUUUUAAAGAGAUUUGUUUAGAAGAUAACAUUUAAAACAGCAAACAAGCAAGGUUUCAAUCCCAGUGAGCUCCAUUGAAAUAAAAGGCCCUUCAUUCAAAGUAAAUUUGCAAAGAUAGGAUCAUUCUGCCAGAGCAAACAUUUUUAGGUCUAAAUGUGGCUCUAAUUUUAAUUCAGAAAAUAGUGUACUUGUCAGAAAUUUGGAAAACACAGGUCCAGCUUGAAACAUGUGUGGUAUGAAUGACAGCUGUGUUUAAUGUCACCUUGCACCGUUUGCAUGGUGCAAGCAGCUGACCCUAGUAACUAUGUAGAGUAUAAAGGAGCGUGCUUUAUUUGCUCUUUAUCAUAACUGCCCCUCUUUAAUUGUUUUUCUAAAGGACCUCUGGACAUCAUGAAUCACACUGUAGUAUAUGAUACCUCGGAAUCUAUGGAGCUCUGUGCUUUUCAUCGACUCUAUCUUAAGCCAGUAGUGAAAUUGUCAAUCUGUGUGGUGCUUCCACAACACACCGGAUCUACCCACGUAGUCCCAAAGUGGGAAGUGAUUGAAAAGCUGAAGAAUAUAGUUUGUCCAGUCCGGUUCACCAGUGUUAAGAUUACAAAGAGCACUAAGGGUUUCAUUAUGUUUGAGGCAGAGGCAGACACCAAGCGCUUGGUUUGUAGCCUGAAGGAGAAGCUUCAUGGCAAGAUGAUAAAGCUCAGUGGCUUCAAAGAUGACUUGCAAGUGGUUGUCAUGGAGCCUUGUUCCGAUUUGCUAACUCCUCAGGAGUUGGAACCCAAUUUGAACACUAGAGAAUUGCCAGAGGAAGACUUAGCACAGCAAAGCAAGGAUAGUCCUUAUUGCAUCCAUUUGGAAGGAUUCCCAUGCAAAUGGUUUGCAGUAAAAGGCUCAAAUAGUGAAUCACCAAGUGAAGAUGUCUUGAGAGCAGUUUUUGAAAAAUUUGGGAAGAUCAAGAACAUAGAUAUCCCUAUGCUUGACCCUUAUAGGGAAGAAGUGGUGGGAGGAAGCAUGAAUAAUUUGACUUUGUGUAGCCUUUUGAAUUUGCGGACAUUUGAAGCUUUUGUCCAAUACCAGGAGUCCACAUCUUUUUCAAAAGCUAUGGAGACAUUUAAGGGAAUGAAGCUGAUGUUUAAAAGGGAUGAUGGAAAAGCUCUUGCAUGUCACAUCAAGGUGACGCCUGAUACUACUGGUCAUUUCAGUGAGAAUUCUAUAACUCAGAGAAACCUGGAAAAAUUAACUCUGCAAGGACUAGAGAAAGAGCGAAAGAGGGAAGAAUACAGAGGGGGAAAAGGGAAUGGAAGAAAACGACGCGAUGAUGAAGAAAAGAAAAUUGGAGAAGGAAAGAGGAAGCAUAAGAGCCACGAGAAAAGGCAGGCAGAUUGGGAUUUAAAACGCCCAAGGAAGCAGCAGAAGGACGUUGUGCUAGAAUCCAAGCAAAUAGGGCAGCCUCUGCUGGAUCUUGAAAACAAAUGGGGGAAUUGCUCCUCUGCAUCUCAGAUAAAGAAUGCACCAAAGGAACAAAUAAACUGUUUUGGGCAACAAGAGUUGAAGAAUAAGAGAGAAUCCAAGUGUCAGUCAGCUCAGUUGGCUGAUGCUUUUAUUGAGGAGGAGGAGGAGGAGGAGGAGCAGCAGCAGCACAUUCCAAUUAAAUUGCCUGCAUUACCUGAUCCCAUUUGGAGAAAUACUUUGAACAGGCCAGUUGCUGGAACAAUCACCAACUACUUAACAGACAAGGAUACAGACCGCUCCCAUGACAGCCACUCGUUAGUUGGGUGCUCCCCUAAAGCUCCCAGGGAAGGAGAAUUCAAGAAGCUCAAGGUACCGAUAUAUGAAACUGAUGAAUUCUUACAUUAUUUCUUCAACUACGAUCAGACCCCAAAACAUGCACGGGUCUUUCCAAGUGUGCAUGACCCAGUGGAUAAUUCUCAGUGGGAGAGGUUGGUGUAUUUCAAAGAGAACGACUUCCAGAUUAACCUGAAGAAAAAAGAUAGGCAGUGCAUGACGGAUUUGAGUUGCGUACCAAAUACCCAAGAGAAAAUCUCCAGAGGUAGUGAUAACUGGGAAGUAAUAGAUGAGGAACCUGAGGUUAUGCCAAAGAGCCAGGCAUGUGCUAGGGAGUUUGCCGAAAACUCUCAGGUGUGGUGCAAAGAUCUGUCGGGUGAGGCUGAAGAAGGAACGCUGCAUGGUGAAUUGAAUAGUCCUGUCCUAGUAAGUGCAGCUCAUGAUAGAAAAUCUCAAGCAGAAGACACUGAAAUGAUGGCUAUGGCAUCACACAAGCCAGUUGGCCGUGUGAAUAAAUUGAAGGAUGUAUUAGAAGAGAUCAGCAGUGAUUCUGAAUCCUUCAGUGAGGCACUUAAUGAGUCACAAAGGAAAAAAGAAAGAAAAAAUGGAGGUAGCUCCAAGGUGUGGUUCUUCGGUCAGCGAAGUGUGAGAGACUUGUCGAUUUCUAUCCAAAAUGAUUCUUAUGCUGAUGAAUAUAUUGAAUACAACAAACACAGGUUCUGCUCAGAGUCUGGGUGCCGGUUCUCAGCAGAGCACUCCAUGCUGAAGCUUAGGACAGCAUUUGAAACAACCAGCAGCAAAGUAAGGCACGAAGUACAAAGAGUCAAAUGGACAUCUAGUGAUGAGGAGAGGGAAGCUGGUGAGAAGAAGAACAGAAAGAGAUAUUCUGGAAACCAUUUGCCUGAUGAUGAACCACAGUUAUUUAAAGCAAACCACUGUGAAGAGUUGGAGUCUCCUGGCAAGAUGGAGAGGAAGUAUAGCAAGAUGUCCCAUCACAAAAUGAAAUGUAAAACACAUCACACCAUGCCAGGGGCAGUAAAAGCAAAAGAUGUCACCUAUUUGGGCGGAUCUCCUUCUCAAGAAGCAUUCCCAAAGGCAGAUAAGGGGAAUGUAGACAUUAAUAAGACCGAUGAGAAUGGGUGCAAAAUAAAGGUAAAGCAGAGAGCUCGCAAGACUACCAAAGGAAGAGGGGUGUUAGAGCAGUUAAGAGAGGUGCGAGAAGAGGUGGGGUGCUGAGACACGGAAGUGGGUGGAACAGUAUGGGGCAGCUUUCAGUUUUUGCAAGCCCUUUUUGGAAUUAAUGAGCAGCUCCUGCAACGGGGACAUUCUUCACUCUUGAGGUUUUGCUGCAACUCCUGGUUUUCAGGGGACUUGCUGUUAAGAAAAUAGGUGGAAACAGAUUCCUGAAGGAUGCCCUUUGUUUCCUGUCAAAAUAAUUCAAUCCAUAUGCAGAGACAGUCUGUGGAGGAGAACUUGGAAGAUGAUGCUAACUUUGUUGGUCUUGGGGGGUGAUGGGGGUGGUUACUGGAAGCUCAAAUUAGGCCCUCUUAAGGACUUAAAAAUAAAUCACCUUUGGUGAUUUGGGUGCUCUGCUUGGGCUGCUGUGCAUGCUGGCAGAGUGCGAGAGGGCAGACACAGCUUGGCAAAAACUGGUCAACAGAUUCAACAUCUGUACUAAUGACCAAUUUUUUUUAUUAAAAAAAUGUUACUGCAGUGCAUGAUUGAAGCCAUGUUGAAUGGUCUACUCAGAAUCUGAGCCAAGUGAAGUGAAUGGUCCCUGCUGAUUUUGGAGGGAGCCACAGAAUAUGAAAAUGCUCCCUAGUAACUGUAUAGUUAAAGGAGUUAGUUGAAUAAAUUGUUUAAUUUAUAAGAUUAAAUAAAAAAAGUGCCUCCUCAGUGAUGUCAGAAAGGGGGUGGUGUCAGAGAUAAAACAUUUAUCCAAAAGGCAGAGAAGGAACGUGUUUAUAAUUUACUGCAGACGUAGCAAUUUGAGGUACUCAAGCUUUCUUUUUUAAUUAUUAUUAUUAUUUAUUUUGCAAGAAGCCUUUUAUUUAUUUAGAAAGAUUUAUAUGCCACUUAGUCAGAAAACUCUGUAAUUAGCAUAGCUCUAUCCAGCAUUGGGCAGUAUAUGCUGUGUGCCGGAAUCUGCUUCUCAGUCCAGACCCUUUUUGUGGCAGGCCCCUUUGGGUUUAUUGGAAUGGUUUGAGUAGAGUAGCAGGUGCUCUGGUUUGAAUGGCUACUCCCUUUAAUUCUGCUUAAAUCUUCUCCCCUUUAUUAUCCACGUGAGGGCAAAGUUACACAUGACACAGGAGAGCCAUUAUCAGAUUUCCUGCCAUUCAUUCAACCCAACCCACCCCUUUUUUUCUUUUGAAAGAGCAGUUGCAGGGUGCUCAGAUGGCAAUCAGUAGUGGAGCUGGGAGGAAGUGCUUAGCCCUUCCCACCCCAGUCACUUUACUAAUAAGUAAUUCCCUACUAGCAUCAGGGUAAGGUGGAAAUGUGGGCAUGAUAGAGGUAAGGUUGGGCCCAUAUCUUAUGCCCACCUUAUAUACACACACAUAUAUAUAUAUUUGGGGUGGUGGUGAUGGUAAAUACAUAAAUGGAGAGUGAGGUAAACAUCCCAUUCCCUGCUCUUUUUAUUCCCCCCCCCCACACCUGUGCACACAGCAAUUUUUCCUUGCUUACCAGGCUCUGGGAAGAUAGUGGGAAGCUUCCAGAGCCUUGCCUUGUAUUGGGGGGUGGGGGAAACGGUUCUGGAGGUUCCUGACUCUUCACAACUUUGCUUUUGUGCAUUGGCGCCUGGAACAGAACCCUUGCUUUAAGUGGCGGGCCAGUUGUAUCUAUUUUUUCCUACCAUGGGACAGAAGUCAAUGGCAGGAGGGGACUAUAGGUGGUGGUGGUGGGGGGGGGAGAGCAGGGAAAGGGAGGGCUUAGCACCCCUAGAGCCCAGCAUCACUGCUCCAGUCAAAGCAGGAUGCACCAAGGUCGCUUUAAAGUUGUCUUGUUCUUACUUUACUUUUCUUUUUUAAAAAAAAAACAAACCCAUAUCAGGAGACCUGAUACUUGUUUCACACAGAGUUUGGCCCCCCAAGUUAAUUUAUUUUGAAGAAUAGGUGGGGCUUGCAGCUGAGAGGGGAGAGAUAAAUUAAAAUCAUGGUUGAUGUUGUGUGAGAACCAAUGAAAGUCCCCCCCCCCCAAUCCUCUGCUAAAUGUCACAGAAUUAAUUACUUUCAUUUCAAAAGACGGAACUAGAAAGCAAGAAGUCCAUAUUUUCACAUGUUCUUCACAGGCUAGGGGUGCUGUACUUUGUAUUCAAUGGAUCUGCUGAACAGGGAAUGCUUUGAGCAGUGAAAAGGGGGUAUGAAAUCUACUUAAGUGCUGGUUGGUAUUUUGUUCUUUGAGUAAGUGACCUUCUAAAGCAUAGCUAUAUAGUCUGAGCCCAUAGAAAUUAUUCUGUUCAGUUAUUGCUUAUAAUUUUAUGAAACAUGGAAUGGGCAAAAUAAAGACCAUCAAGGACUACAACCUGAAACCAUUCUACUGACAAGAAUAAGCAGUUCCGAGGGCUGCAAGCUAGGUUUUCGCUUAUUGCACCAGAUAGUCACAGCUGUAAGAAGAGGAACAAAUUAUAGUUUUGAGUUUUCGCUUAUACUUUUAGUAUGCUUUAUUUAUUUCAUGUCAUGGUAAUUUUCAUGUGAAUAAGCAUUCCCUAGCAUACCAUCCAUGUUUGUUAACCUCUGCUCCAAUAAAGUAGUAAUGAAGCAAUGUAUGCA